AUGGCAGGCCCAAGCCGCAAGCGCGCAAUUGAUCUGGACGAUGAUGUCCAAAUCACCGGCUCGCAGACGCGCAAGAAUCCCCGACUAACCGACGUGCCGAUCGGCCGCGGCCCGGACGAUGACGAAUGGGAUGAGAGCGCCCUGGAGGAAGUCGUCGACCCUUCGCAGGAAUACAACGACCGUGCCUUCAUUCAAUACAUGCUCUAUGGCACUCUCAGCACCAAAAUCGUUGGCGUGAGGUACUACAACGGCUAUGCUACCAUUGGCGAAAUGGUUAUGCUGCGGAGGGAGCCGCACAAUCCAUAUGACGGAAAUGCCAUUCAAGUCCUCAACGUCCAGGCGCAGCAAAUUGGCCAUAUCCCGCGCCAGAUUGCUGCAAAGCUUGCCCGCUACAUGGACAACAGAUCCUUGAUCGUAGAGGGGGUGAUCACUGGACACAAGGGCACGUUCGACAUGCCUCUUGCAGUCAAAUUAUACGGGACUAGUGAUCCCGUCGAGCGCUUGAGCCUGACCAGUGAGAUGAAAGCUGACAGACUUCCGCUGGACGAGUUCAGACGAAUUGAGAAGGCCGAGCGAGACAGGCUCAAAGCAGCGCAACAGGCCGCCAAAAAGCAGAAGAGUGCCGCACGCCAAGGCAAGUCUGACCAGCAGUGGGCAGCUGGUGUGGCACCAGGUUCUUCGCAAGCGGACGAACAAAGCCUCGACGACAUUGUGGGCGAGAGUGAGCGCUUCAACCCACGAAACGUCGACCAGAUGGUUGAGAAGUUCGGCGCCCAAGAGGCCGACCUUCAGAAUCUUCCAAUGGCCAAGCAGCCCAAGGAGAUUUCCGCUGAGCUGCUGCCGUACCAGCUGCAAGGCCUGCAAUGGUUGCUGGAUCACGAAAAUCCUCAGCUCCCUGCUGCAGGAUCCGCAGAUGUUGUGCAACUGUGGAGACGUGCACCGCAUCAGGCAAACGUGUUCACCAACAUCUGCACGAACUACUCGAUCAAGGACAAGCUCCCUGAACUAGCGUCCGGCGGCAUUCUCGCUGACGACAUGGGUUUGGGCAAGACGGUCCAAAUCAUCUCCCUGAUCGUGGCGGACCGUGCUCUGAGGGGACAGGAUCAGACCAGCAAUGCCACGUUGAUUCUUGCGCCUCUGAGCGUCAUGAGCAACUGGAGUUCUCAGAUCAAGCGUCAUGUUAAACCGGAACACGAGCUCCGAGUUCUAACAUAUCACGGCACUCGAAAGAGGCCUAUUGAUCCCAAGACGAUCAAGGACUAUGACGUGGUCAUUACUACCUAUGAGACGGUCAUGACAGAGUUUUGGGCUAAGCAAGGCAAGAGCUCGCAAAACGUUCCAAGGAAAGAUGGCCUGUUCUCUGUUCAUUGGCGCAGGAUUGUGCUUGACGAAGGACACAACAUCCGCAAUCCUGCAUCGAAGAAGGCUGUUGCUGCUACCAACCUGCUCGCGCGCUCAAGAUGGGUGCUCACGGGUACGCCGAUCAUCAAUACUCUAAAGGACUUGUACUCUUUGGCCAAGUUCAUUCGCCUCUCUGGUGGUUUGGAUCGGUUCGAGCUGUUCAAUGGCGCUCUAAUCCGGCCUGUCAACCAAGGAGAUGAACAUGGCAGCUUCCUGCUGCAGAUGCUGAUGAGUAGCAUUUGCCUCAGGAGGAGAAAAGACAUGCCUUUCAUCGACCUGCGUCUGCCAGAGCUAUCGGAAUACGUCCAUCGUAUCAAAUUCUUGCCCCACGAGCAAGAGAAAUAUGAUGCCUUGGAAGCUCAAGCAAAGGGUACGCUCGACCAAUAUCGUCAAAAGCUGUCUGGCAAUGACGCUGCAAAGACAUAUCGUCACCUCCUCGAGAUCCUCCUGCGCCUUCGCCAAGUAUGCAACCACUGGAAGCUCUGCGGUGAAGAACGCAUCACUGGGCUCAUGGAAUUGCUCUCGGAACAAAAGAGCGUAGAUCUCACGCCUGAGAACUGCAUUGCGCUUCAAGCCAUGCUCCAGCUAAGUAUCGACUCGCAAGAGGACUGCCCCAUCUGCCUGGAGCCCCUUCACGACGCCGUCAUCACCUGCUGCGCGCACGCAUUCGGCUACAGUUGUAUCGAGCGCGUCAUCGAAGGCCAGCGCAAAUGCCCCAUGUGCCGCGCGGAGCUCCCCAGCACCGGCUCCCUCGUUCACCCGCCCAAAGAAGCCCCGGCCCCUCCUCCCAUCGACGCGGACACGAACAGCUCCAAGAUCGAAGCCCUGCUCAAGAUCCUCAAGGCCACGGCAUCCAAGGAUAAGGGCAUCAAGACGAUUGUCUUCAGCCAGUGGACCAGCUUCCUUGACGUGCUUGAGCCGCAGCUCCAAGCGGCCGGCAUCCGCUUCGCCCGCAUCGACGGCACCAUGUCCGCGCUCGCGCGCGACGCUUCUCUCGAGGCUCUUGACACGGACCCUGACUGCACCGUUCUGCUGGCAUCUCUGGCCGUCUGCAGUGUUGGCCUGAACCUUGUCGCGGCGAGCCAGGUCAUCUUGGCCGACAGCUGGUGGGCGCCGGCCAUCGAGGACCAGGCGGUCGAUCGUGUCCACAGGCUCGGUCAGAAGCGUGAGACGACGGUGUUCAGGCUGGUAGUGGAAGGGACGGUCGAAGAGAACGUGCUUAGGAUUCAGGAGGAUAAGAGGAAGCUCAUGCGUCUGGCGUUCUCGGAGAAGAGUAAGGAGAAGAAGAAGGAUAGGGGGGCGAGAGUGGCGGAUCUGGAGAGACUGCUAGGUGCAGGCUCUGGAUGA